ACGUACGUCUUUCACUCAGUGCGCGCUGAUGGCGGACAACAGCUACUUCACAACCGCCCAGAGAGUCUGGAGAGAGAAAGUCACUCCCAGAGACGCCCGCACCGGCGCUGAAGCGCUGUCAUUUAGGCACUUGUUUCGGGCAGUCGGACGAGGUUGCUUUUAGUUCCCUUAUGUUGCGGGUUUUACUUUGAACGGGGUAAUAUGUGGGACCGGGGAAUAGUGGACUGUGAUAGACCGGACAGGAUUUAGACAGAGCGCAAAUCAACGCAGCGCAUGCGGCUCCGUAACUUAGUGACAGAAAUAACAAAAGCCCCGAAGAAGCCGCUGCCCGACCCGAGGAUAUUAUUAUAGUCCGACUGUGGAUAUCUGCUCCGCCAGCAUGAAGUUUGCGGAGCACCUGUCCGCUCAUAUUACUCCAGAAUGGAGGAAACAAUAUAUACAAUACGAGGCUUUCAAGGAGAUGCUGUAUGCGGCCCAGGACCAGGCCCCAUCCAUAGAAGUCACAGAUGAAGACACCGUUAAAAGGUACUAUGCCAAGUUUGAGGAGAAGUUCUUUCAGACAUGCGAAAAGGAGCUCUCUAAGAUCAACACAUUCUAUUCAGAGAAACUGGCUGAGGCGCAGCGGCGAUUCGCAACUUUGCAAAAUGAGCUGCAGACGUCUCUGGAUGCCCAGCGGGAGAGCAACGCUCCAGGGCUGCGCAGUCGCCGCAAAACGGUGUUGCCUUUGUCCAACAAGGAGCGCAACAAACAUCGCAACAUCAAAGACCUGCAGCUGGCCUUCAGCGAGUUCUACCUCAGCCUCAUUCUCCUGCAGAACUACCAGAAUCUGAACUUCACUGGAUUCCGCAAGAUUCUGAAGAAACAUGAUAAGAUUCUGGACACACAGCGUGGAGCCGAUUGGCGUGUGGCUCACGUGGAGGUGGCUCCAUUCUACACCUGUAAGAAGAUCACACAGCUCAUCUCUGAGACCGAGGCUCUGGUGACCACAGAGCUGGAAGGAGGUGACCGUCAGAAGGCCAUGAAGAGGCUGAGGGUUCCACCUCUUGGAGCAGCGCAGCCUGCACCUGCCUGGACCACCUUCCGUGUGGGAUUGUAUUGUGGGGUCUUCAUUGUCCUGGCUGUCGCCUUCGUCCUUACUGGUGCUUUUUUCAUUCGUAAUCAGAACAUCUGGCCACUGGUGCGCAUCUACCGCGGCGGUUUCCUGUUGAUUCAGUUUCUCUUCCUCUUGGGGAUUAACACUUAUGGCUGGAGGCAGGCGGGUGUCAAUCAUGUGCUGAUCUUUGAGCUGAACCCCCGAAAUAAUCUUUCACAUCAGCAUCUGUUUGAGAUCGCAGGGUUUUUGGGGGUGUUGUGGUGUCUCAGCAUCCUUUCCUGUCUGUUUGCGGACUACACUUGGCUCCCUAUGCAGGCGAACCCCCUCAUCCUCUACGGCUUCAUGCUGCUCUUCCUCAUCAACCCCUUCAAAACCGCCUACUACAAAUCCCGUUUCUGGCUCAUCAAACUUCUGUUCCGUGUAUUCACCGCCCCGUUCCACCGAGUAGAGUUUGCAGACUUCUGGCUGGCGGAUCAACUCAAUUCCCUGGUCAUUGUGCUCUCAGAUCUGGAGUAUCUGGUCUGUUACUACAGCAUGGAGCUGCAGUGGGGAGAUCGUAGGGGAUUACUGCCCUAUACAUAUGGUGAUGAAAGGUGUAACAGCUACUCUUACGGAGUUCGGGCCAUCAUCCACUGUCUGCCUGCCUGGCUGCGGUUUGUUCAGUGUCUGCGACGUUACCGUGACACCAGAAGGGCCUUCCCUCACCUGGUGAAUGCUGGGAAAUACUCAACCACCUUCUUUGUGGUCACAUUUGCAGCCCUCUACAGAACUCAUAAAGAUCAGAAACAUGCUGACGCUGAGGUGUUUUUCUACAUGCUGAUCCUGUCUUCAGUCGUCAGUUCACUCUACACGCUGAUCUGGGACCUAAAGAUGGACUGGGGUCUUUUCGACCGCAACGCAGGCGAGAAUACCUUCUUGAGAGAGGAGAUUGUUUACCCACAUAAAGCCUACUACUACUCUGCCAUUAUAGAAGAUGUGAUGCUGCGCUUCGCCUGGACACUGCAGAUCUCUCUGACUUCCAUGACUGCCAUUCCUUCCAUCGAGGACAUUGUGGUUACCAUUUUAGCUCCUCUGGAAGUGUUCAGACGUUUUGUGUGGAACUUCUUCCGUCUUGAGAAUGAGCACCUGAAUAACUGCGGUGAGUUUCGAGCGGUGCGAGACAUCUCGGUGGCUCCUCUAAACGCUGACGACCAGACGCUGCUGGAGCAGAUGAUGGACCAGGAGGAUGGAGUCCGGAACAGACAGGGCAAAAAGAGCUGGAAGCGGAGCUACAGCCUAUCCUUACGACGACCUCUGCUGUCCUCUCAGUCUAAGAAGGAUACUAAGGUGCUCAUUGAGGAUACGGAUGAUGAGGCCUUCAGCUGAACCCAGAUCUCGCUGUCCCGCCACCUGUCUCGGCUUUCUAUUGGUUCCUCACAGAGCUGCCUCAGCACACCUGAUCUCAAACACACACAGAUACACACAUAUUCACACACUUUCUCUUCAACACUCCAAAAACAGAGUAGUGGACAGAGUUAAGCACAAUAACAGCCAUGAGACAUAUCAGGACACAACAGUGACAUCGUACAAACACGGACACACACACACGACGAGAUAUACACAUGCACGGAAAAGCCAAGUGCGGAAUUUUCCUCAAGGUACUUUUUUUAUUAGACUUUUUAAUUUUGUUUCUCUAUAUUGAUACUUUUUUGUACAUUUGUUUAGGUUUUUGAAUCUAUAUUGCUGCACAUGACUGUUUACAAACUUAAAAUAAUAACUAGGAUCUACAGGGAGGAGAGUUAUCAUAUGAAAGAAUAAUAUAAUAUCGUACACUGCACGGACUCAAGCCGCACACUAUAACUGCAGCGCAUUUAGAAGUAACAACAGCUCAGUAGCUGAUGUUUGUUAUAGUUUUUUCUUUAGUUUUAUUUGUUUUUUGAGUUUUCAUGACAUCAGUGUACGGCCCUGGUGGCACUGUUUGAAAAUGCUCAAUAUUUCCUAACCAUAAAAAAACAUAGUUUUAUUGUUUCAUCAUAUUUAAUAUGCAAAUAUGUUUUAUUUUUUAACAUGCAUUGCUUUGAUAUCAAAGCUGUCAUAUUUUUGCCAUGUAUGGUUUGUGUUUGAGAGAAUGUGGGCAUGUGUGUGUUUUCCUUUGGGGAGCUAUAGCAGGAUGUAUAGAAUUGUUAUUUUUAUUCAUACUUUAAUCAGUGAAACUACUGUCAUUGCUGGUUGAUAUUUGAACACCAUUUGGGUAGAAGAACUGCUGCCCACUGAAAAAGAUUAGAUGAUUCUGUGAACUAUUUUAUUUAUAAUGAUGCACUAAACUGAAAAGAUUCAGUAAUAAUUGUCACCUAAUUGCAGACUAAAGGGAAGUGAACACAUUUUUUAUUGAACUAAUGUGUUUCCUACAUGGCUUUUUGUAUCGCUUAUUAACCAUUGCCAUAACCACUGCAAGCCAAAGAGGAAAUGCAACCACUGCCAGUCAAUUAUAAUUCUUAUGGCUGUGAUAUCAGUUUUGUAUUAUGGUGAACCGUAAGAGAUUUUGUGCAUCAAAAAGUAGUUCACUUGCGGUGAGGAGAUAUCUUUGAUGAAAUCCUUUUCUUUUCCAACAUCUUAAAGGGACAGUUCACCCAAAAAUACAAAAGAAGAUAUUUUGAAGAAUGUUUGGUUAGCACAUUCUUCAAAAUAUCUUCUUUUGCGUUCAACUGAAGAAAGAAUCUUAUAUGGGUUUAGAACAACUUGAGAGUAAAUGACAGAGUUUUUAUUUUUGGGUGAACUCUCCCUUUAAAUAUGGUCGCAGUUUGCUUAUUUGUAUGCGUCAUGAGUGUGGCAACAUCUUUAUAAUCAGUUUUACAUUUGAUGAAAAAAAUGUGAUUGUACAUGAUUUCUAAUGUACAUUUUUGCGAGACAGGUGUAACUACCUUGUCUUUCGUACAUUUUCAUACGCGGUCUCUGAAUUUCAAACACCAUAUUUAGAAGAAGAGUCUGUUUUUCACCUCUUUUAUCAUGAUGCUUUGAUAGAAGUGCACGAAUACUGUCAUUUUAGCUUAAAAUGAAUUUUAUUAUGAUUAAUAUCUCUUGUUGUCAUCAUAAAAAAGAAAACACCAGGGCUGUUUUUAGCUGAUAUGUGUUUUGCUUAUUUUUUUCAGCAUUUAGUUCAUUUUGAUACUUUUUCAGCAGCAUGCAUUGAUGUAUUUUUGCAAGCACAAUCUUUCAGCUGUAACUAAAAUCUAAUCAAAAGAUGGAUUUGUCUUCACAAUCUCUCUUACUUUCUGUUUCAUAUUCUUAUUUGCUCUUUAAAAGAAAAGUGUUCAUGCUUUAUGAAAAAAAAUGAUGUAUAGAUAGCAGCCGUUGUGUUUGUGAGUAACAUUUUAGUUGAUUUUAAGUUUACUGUUUUGCUUAAACAAUUUGAGGCAAAAUUUGAAGAUUCAAAUCUAUCACAGAAGAAGGGGAAAAAACUACAUGUGAUUCAUAGUUGCAAAAGAAUAUAGAGUGCUAUCCUCAUUCGAAAAUGUGGUGUUACUGUGCAGUCCUUUUGUCCUAUAAUAUUAGUGAAAUGUCAAUCUUGUUGUUCUCAAAAUGACCUUUUGGCACACUGUCUUACUUUGCUCUGUCUUUAAUUCUCUCAAAACUGACUGAAUCCUUUAUCAAGUCUCUUGAGUGGCACACAAAAAUUGUAGAAAUGAUACACUCUUCCACAUUUCUGAACCAAUAUCACUGUACAUAUGGAUGCUGAGCACAAAUUUGCCCCAUUCAGUGCUUUUUGUAAUGCAUUGCCAAUUGUCUUGCCUGCAUGCUGCUUUUGUUUUGCACUGUAAAUAGUUUAAUUUUUUACAUUUGAAAUGUGUAAAAGAAUGUUGUUUAAUUUAUUGUACUAAUUAUUUAUGUACAAGUCCAAGCCUUUUUCUUUAAAUGAGCAGUAUUAUGGUAGAUGAAGGGCAUUUUUGAUUAGCCACAAUCCCACACUGUCUUACAUAUGUGAAUUCUAUGGAAAUAGUGUAACUUAAGAUGCUUUGGUGAAUAUGGAAUGUGAUCGGUUUAAUCUACAGUAGGUGUAUAUUUGUACUCAUAACACUUUCAUCCCCAGGGUUUGUGCCCAUUUGACAGGACUUGUUGGGUCGAUAUUGUGAACUCUGAUGAGGAAUUGCUGGGGAGGAUUGGGAGAAGAAUGGGACAUGUUAACAUUCUCAUUAACACCCUAAUUAAGGGUUCUGUUAUGAGAUGAACCCUCAAAAUGUAGGGUUUUUAUUUUGUACAUUUUUUUUUUUUUUUUUUUUUUACUUUUUCAAAUACAGAGCUAGAAUAAUAUACAAGCCCUGACAUCUUUUCUUCAGGGGGGGAAAUAAAAUGUUGACUUGAUUGCUUGCUACACCCAUGAUGUUAAGUGCUUGAUAUCUCUGCAUCUUUUCUAUCUCCUAUCUUGAUGUUGUAUCCCUUCUUAAAUACUUGACUGUGACAUUGUUUGUAGUUGGUAAAUGGUUGUACUUUUAAGUAAGUUAAGACUUAAAGAAAAAUAGAAAAACUUGUGGUUCUGUGAUUAAAUAGAGACAUAAAAAGAGAGAAAAUGUCUCUUUUUACAGAGUAGUUUGUAAAUGUUGAGUGUAUUCCUAUGGUUCCACUAAUGAUCUCAUUUGUGUUUCUGUAUACACUUUGGUGAUCCUGUCAUAUUUGGGUUUUAUAAACCACGCUUAUUUUUAAAACCUUCA